AACCUGAAAUUACAGGUCCUCAAACUUAGUUUGACUGAUUCUCGGUGGCCGUGUUCCGCGGUACUCCGCAAAUUGUUUCGGUAUGGCUGAUGUGGGCCUAAGUCUAGAUGAUAUAAUUAAAAAAUCGAAAUCAUCGGGAAUGAGAGGCAGAGGAGGAAUACGCAGAGGUAUCAGCAGAGGCGCGCGAGCGAAUGGUUCCAUGAGAGGACGUGGCUCGCAGAUAAUCACGGAUGCGCGAUUUAAAAUUAUACAGAAGAACCGGGAGAAGCUGACCGAUGCCAGGGACAAGCUCGCUGAAAUUGCGAAGCAAAGCGACGCACGACUCAAGUUGGACAAGUUACGUGCGUCUCAUUACAAGAAGAUAGAUACACAGCUUUCGGGAAUCUCGCGGAAGACUGGCCGGAACGGCAGACUUUCAUUGUCGACAAAUAAAGUGCCGUCUAUGAUGCCACACUUACCACCGAAUAUGCCAAACAAUUACAUGCAACCUACUACGAGAGCGGUUGGAUAUAGACCACCUCUCUCCGAGCCGCAUUAUUUAGGAGAUAUGAGUAUGGAUUAUACUGAGGAUUACAUAACAGAAUCCGCUUCACUGAGAAGGACUGUGAGUAACGAGUAUGCGCCAACACCUCCGCCUCCACCUCCUGUGUUCAGUAUUAAUGCAAUUUCUCCAUAUACCUGGGUGAAAUCCAGAAACACUAAUGUAUCUAGAAUUUCACCUCGAAAAUCUGAGAUAGAAAAGGAACGAGAGAGACAAAGAGAUUACAAACUUGUUGCGCGAUCUGCAAUGGCAAAGACUGUUUCACCUCCUUACAAAGAAGACUGGAGUUUUGGUACAAAAUCAAGAACAAUUGUAGCAGAGGAUACGACAGAUUCCAAAUAUUAUGAUUCCAGAAAUCUUCGAGAAGUAGGAGUUAAGUCGCGUCUCGAUUCCUCUGCAAAUAAAACAAGGACAAUGGGCGUUUUAUCGCGACCGAAAACAAGUUCCACUUCGUCGACACAAUCAAAUGGCUAUAGAAUUGUAGUAUCUAAUUUGCAAGCCAACGUUACGCAAGAAGAUAUCAAGGAAUUAUUCGAAGAUGUUGGGGAAUUGCUCGUAUCGAGAUUAGUACGUCCAGGUACAGCAGAAGUAAUCUAUAAAACGUUGAAAGAUGCGACUAAAGCAGUUGAAACUUAUCAUAAUCGACAAUUAGACGGUCAUCCGAUGAAAUGCCUUCUUGUUAAUCCACGACCAAAAAAUAAUCCAACUGGGCCAGCUGUUCGAUCCCUCACGGAAUCGAGGCGUAGUAUCAGCUCAAGUUACGUACAGCCAAGUUUAGGAGCGGUGCAUCGAGCGUUAUUUGAUGAUUCUUAAUCGAGUGUAUGCAUUUUUAUAAGUUAACAUUAAAGAAGAAAAUGUCUUGUAUAUGUAAUGGACACUAUGCAGAAUAAUCUUAGGGAAGCGAAAGAAGAAAAUAGUGGAACGCAGAACCGCGUACUCAUACGUACGCGAUUCUAAUUCACAGCGGUAAUUGUAUUAAUAACUUGUACCACUCAUUUUAUCUUUAAUCUGUACGGUCCGUACGACCGAUGACACUCGAACGCCCAUAAAUUAUUUUCAUUGUUUUCUUUAUUUUUAGAGAUAAACGUUUCCUCUUGUAUUUUUAGCAAUUUUAUUAAUUGCAGCUUAUUUGUUUAAUGUAUCUCAUAUUCUCUAAGUAAAUAAAGAUAAAUUAUAUUAAUAUUCUAAAAUAUCAAAGGUCACAUAUUCUUCGAUAUUGAAAAUAAUGCAAGAAGUUCAGGCGUUCUAGUGUUGAAAUAUAGAGAGAACUUUACAUUAAGAUAAAACGAUCGCAAAAUUGCGUAAGUAUCAGGUACAAGAACUGCUUCUUGUAUAUUUAAUAUGUCCAAAUAAAAUGGUAUUCAUUCAACAA